AGCAACAAAUCCGACGGCCAUAAACCAGGCAGGCGAUGAGUAGAGAGAGAAAUAUUAGGAGUGCAAAGAAAGUGGUCACAGUUUUUUCCAUAUCCUCUCUCUUCUAUUUCUCUUUAUAACAGUUACGCGUCUCUCUUAAAUUCACUUAAUUUUUUUCAUUCACUCAACUUCUAAUUAUUCGAAAUUUUAUGUGAAAGAUUCGAAUUAAGGUAGGGUUCUGGGAAUUGGUGAUUGAAUUAUGGGAUUGGGUGAUGCGGAUCUUAUGGAUGAUGGUGAUAGAGGUGGGGGCAAGGCGGCAUCAGCGGUUGUGUCGUGCUCAAUUUGCUUGGAGGGGGUGACUGAUAAUGGGGCUAGAUCCUGGGCUAUGCUCCAAUGCGGCCAUCAAUUCCACCUUGAUUGCAUUGGUUCGGCAUUUAAUAUUAAGGGAGCAAUGCAGUGUCCCAACUGUCGAAAAAUUGAGAAAGGUCAAUGGCUUUAUGCAAAAAAUGGUAGACGACCAUUGUCUGAAUUUAGCAUGGAUGACUGGGCCAACGAUGAGGAUCUAUAUGAUUUAAGCUACUAUGAAAUGUCAUUUGGAGUUCAUUGGUGUCCAUUCGCGGGAUUAACUCGGCUUCCUUCAUCUUUUGAUGAAGGAGAAUUUUCAUCAAGUGCGUAUCAUGAUCUUGGACAACAUGCUAUCUUUGCCGAACAUACAGCUGUAUCUUCUACAACGCAUCCUUGCCCUUAUGUUGCGUACUUUGGACCAAUUCAUCCAUCUUCUUCAACCUCUAGUGGAACUAUAUCGGAUGGAUCUAAUUUUAAUAAUCAGUGGAGUGCCCAAUCAGUUCCGGGUGAGAUCCCCACUUCUUAUGCUUUCCCUGCCAUGGAUGUACAUUAUAACAGUUGGGAGCACCAAGCCUCUCCGUUUGCUACAAGCAGCCGCAUUGUUGGUGCAGAUCAAUCCUUCAUGCCAUCCAUGACUCGGAGAACAGCUAGGACAAGUUCUGAGAUCCCAAGACCUGGGUCGUUCGUGCACCCAUUACUAAGUGUUGGUCACAGUUCUGCUGGUAGAGCGCCCAGUUCUACAUCAACAAUGGUUCCUCCUUACCCCGGUAGUGUGGCUCCGGCACGUGAUAGGGUUCAGGCUCUCCAUGGAUACUUUCAGCAACCUAGUGGUAGCCCAGCUGCACGAACUCAUCUUAUACCUACCUCUCGAAGAUCCAGCAGUCAUAGGGGCUUAGCACAUGUUGCUCCUGUGGCUUCACCAUCAGAUCAAUCCGGUGGCUUUUACUUCUUCUCAUCAGGUUCAUCUGGUAGAACUUCCCAAGAAACGGAAAAUCCUGCUCCUAAUCGCUUUCAUGCUUGGGAUCGAGAACACUUGCCUUCCUUCUCACUAAGCCAGGUUGACAGAGAUCCCAUUUGGAGGCCAUUCCAUCCAGCAGCCAGUGGAUCUAUUUCUGGAAUCAGAUCUGGAAGUUUCCGCCAGAGGCAUGGAUCCGAGAGGAUGCCAUCUCAAAAUUGGUCAUAGAUGAAUUUCCUGUUUUGAUGAAAACUGUGAUUACUAUGACUGAAACCUGGAUUCUAUAUGUUUUGAGAAAUGAUCUGUAAUGUUGGAGUCUGCUGCAUGCUAAGUACAGCAGAC